ACAAUCAGAAUUUUUAAAAUAAAUGUUAUUAAUGAUAUAUUAGGAAAAUAUAAUAAUAUAUUACAUGAUGUCAGAUGAAAAGGGAGAUGGUGAGAAUCAAUAUGGAGGCUGUGAAGGACCUGAUGCCUUGUAUGUUCGUCUUGUGUCAUCAGAUGGUCACAAAUUCAUUGUGAAGCGUGAUCAUGCAUUAACGUCGGGGACUAUCAAAGCGAUGCUCAGUGGACCUGGUCAAUUUGCAGAAAAUGAGACUAACGAAGUUUGCUUUCGAGAAAUUCCAUCCCAUGUUCUAGCUAAAGUUUGUCAGUACUUUGCAUACAAAGUUCGUUACACCAACAGUUCUACAGAAAUACCAGAGUUUCCCAUCGCUCCUGAAAUUGCACUAGAGCUGCUGAUGGCUGCAAAUUUUCUGGAUUGUUAAUGAAUUCAAUAGUAUUGGUUCCACAAUAUUCUGUGAACCUCAUUUUCGCUACUGUAUUGUAUAAUCAGUUUGUACUUAUCUAUUUGUUUAGUAGUAUGAUGACAAUCCCUUCACAUUUGAUAACCAACUUGGGUAUUUUCUAUAUGCUUUACAACAGAGCACUAAUAUUUUAGAAUGGUUUGCAGUAUCUUCAAUUGAGGCUUUUUUAUUUAGUGCGAUUUGGUUUGAAAAUUCCAUCUAUUUGUUUACAUAUUUUCUUCAGUAAAUUUGUAAAUAAUACAAACUGUCAAAGAAUAAUUUGGAACUGUUUCUCUGCUAAAGAUAGUUAGAUGCUAGGCCUGAAUUUUUAAUAUUUAUUCUUCUACUUGUCGACAAACCUUUCAGUGAUUUGGUAAAGUAAAACCAAUUUGCUUUUCAUUCAUCAAUCCCCUAUACGUUUAUGAAAUUCUAUCAAACAUGCGCAGUGUUUCUUAAUAUUUUCCACUUGGGGGUGCCUUUGUAAAUACUAAAAGUUGGGGAAAAUAAUGAUUUCAAUUUUAAGAAUAUCGUCAGAAUUUGAAUAUUGUAAAAAUUUUGUUAUAAGCGUCAUGAAUGUUAAUUCUUGAAACUUGAAUAUAUAAUAAUAGAGUCAGUGGUUGAUUAAUGUCUCUUUUUAUCAAUAUCUGCAAUUUUGGGAGUAUUGAAGUCUCAAUUUUAAUUUUGGCUAUAUUAAUAUGAGAAAGUAUGAUAUCAAAAUAUCUGUGAUUAACACUAUUUCAUCUUCAACACUUCCAUUGAUCCAUGAUCCAUCCAGUUCCAUUGAUUUUUGUUUACCACAAAUAUUUAUAUGAAAAUUAAGUCUGGAUAUUGUUAUUUGGAUAUUCAAAAUACUGUAUUACAAUAUGUCUUAGUAGCUUGUUAUGAUGGCAAGUUUCAUGAUGUAUGUAUGGCGCAUGCUUUGUUAUAACACCCAUUACCAUUGUUUUCUUCCAAAUAAUAGAUAAACUGACUGAUUUAAUAUAAAUUUGUCUUGAAACCUCGGUUAUUCAGUACUCAUCAUAUUACUAUUGUGUAGUAUUUUGUUGUCCGAAUGUUUUUGAUAUAACAAAUCUGGUUUGUCUUAUUUAUAAUAAUAG